GUUCAGGGUCAGAAAACAUGCGAAGCUUCGGAGACUUAGCGUGAGCUGGGGAAGUGGAUUCUGCUGAGCAGGUUGCCGAGGUGCAAGAGGAGGACAUGGACAGCAGUUGAGACCCCACCCACCCCUGAUAGAAGAAUGGGCAUUCACGAUGAUGAACGUGAAAUAUUGUGUUGGAUCACAGAUUUUCUUUCAAAGGCUGGAUUAUUCUGUUUGUAGACUGCGGAGAGGACCGUAGAUUCUUCGGAUUAGCUUGUCACCUGUUUGUUGCCACAAUAGGAAGUGGCUCCCAAAUCCUUCUCAGGGCUGCUCCGGGCUAACUUAGGACAAGCAGCGGUGCCAUAAUAUCUUCUAUGCUGAUCAAAGGGGGGGGGUUGAGUGUGAAGGAGCCAAGGAACAAUGAAGAUGCAACACCUGGAGCUACUACUGAGGACCUCACCCUCUCCUCCAGUAAGGAAGUCGGCUCCACCACCGGACCGUCGGCAGCAUGGACUACUGCACGCCUCAGUCUUCACGCCGGCACAACCCCGUGGACAGCAUCUGCCGCAAGCUUCAAACCAUUCAGUGGCGUGGUGACAGGGAGCCCAACUCACCGUUCCAGAUCCCUAAACUCUCCAGCAGCAGCUACGACAGCCCUCAGUCCGGCCUCAGGCGCAACCUGGAAGCCAUUGUGAAGAAAGGAGCCUUCCUCAGAGACGACGGGGACAGGGUCAAAGCCAAAGGGAUGGGGAUGCCCAGCUCGGCGGCUUCCCACAGCAGCGGCCUCGGCUCCUACGUACCUCUCACAACUCCCAAAGGCAAUCAAUCCACCCCGGCUAAUGUCACGUACACAAUCACAAGCUCUCUUGGAGAAAGACGAGGUGCUGAUGGGAGUGAUUUAAAACACGUGAGGACAUGGCAGCAGUACUGUUCGACACCCGCGGGCCAGUCCAGGGACUCUCCUUAUUUCACGAUCACACGAGGACCAAACUCUGCGCAGUCUGAGAGCGACGAUCGGAGCGCCAGUCCUCCUCUGUCCCGUACUUUCACCCCGAGCCGCAGCACCUUGUCGUACAACGUGAACUUCUGCUCUGCAGACGCAACGAAUUCAGUGGAGCAUGAGCCGCGAUACCCCGCCCUGGUGGUGAAAAGACUUUCCAUGGGAGAUGGCGCUCCUUCAGGAACGUUGGUUAACUCUGAGAACAGGAGAAAUAUGGCAGAGAUCAGUCUCAUCUGUGAAGAGAAUCUGCUCGAUACCAUAUUUCAUGCUUGUGACACCCAACGCAGAGGUAAAGUGUAUGUGUCUCAUAUUGUCGACUACCUGCGCCACACAACCAGCCGAAGCUCAGAAGACAGCGGACUGGAGGAACUUUGCAACAUGCUGGACCCAGAACACAAGGACGUGUCUAUUGAUCUGGACACCUACCAUGCUGUUAUGAGGGAGUGGAUAGAUGACUGCCGCAAUAGCAGAGAAAUGACAGCAGAGAACAACACCCAGGAAGACUCGGUUAAGAUCAAAGAUGCCCACAGAUCUAUGUUGCUAAAUAUGACAUCUGGAAGCUUGGAGGCCUUUGGUGGAGAGGCAUCUAGAGUGGAAUUUGAAACAUCAGAGCUAGUAUAUUGUGUUGCUGAUCUCCAGAUGACUAACCAAAAGCUUCAGGAAGAGGUGCGAAAGCUGAAGCAGGUGGUGGAGAACAUGGAGGAGAGCAACCAGAAGCUGGCAGAGGAAAAUGAGGAUCUACGCAACCAAGCCAGGGUCAACCAGCAGCUUGCACUGAAGGAGAAGAUGCUGAAAGAAGAGGUGGAAGAGAUGAAGGCAACUUUGAGCUGUACGGAAGAAGGGAGAGCUCGCGCCUCCGCACACAGCAAAAAUAUGGAGAAAGAAAAUCAGAGCCUGAUUGCCAAGAUUGCAUCUCUUCAGGAUGAGAACUUUAAGAUCACCAUGGAGACAGAGGAGCUGCAGAAGAAAAUACGGGAGCUGUGUGACAUUAACACUGACCUUCAGGUGCAAAUUCACUCCUUUGAUGUUGUCAUGAGUGAAAAGGAAGCGACUAUAGUGGAGAAGAGCAGACAGAUAGCUGAGCUGAAGGCAGCAGUAGAGGAAUACUCUGCCAUCACAGAGCUGCUGAGGAAGGAGAAAAACAAGCUCGAGAGCCAGAUGCAGAUGAUUCUUCCUGACCUGGCUGGGGCUAGUCUGGCUUUGUCAGUGGCUUACAGAUUAAACCAGAGCAGCCUAGGAUCCCUGCAAACAGAGCUGGCUCUGGCUCAGUCACCACUGGAGGCUGCUCAUGGAGUGGACUAUUUGUCAACCACAAUUACGACGGCCUCACCGCUGGAUGAGACGCUGGACAGAGAGGUGUUGGUGAUGCUGCAGGGACCAAACACUGAACAUUUGGCUCUGGAGUUCAGAAGUCUCUUAAAUAAACUGAAAAGAGAUUUCAAAGAAGAAACCAACUGUGUCUUAUCUUCAGUUCAAAACAUUAUGGAUAAUCACACGGAGCUAGACAGUAGCACCGAUGCUGGUCUCCAGAGCGUGCAGGCUGAGCUAGAUGCUAGGAGGGCGGACUGGGCUUUCAGUUUGGACCAGCUGGCCCAGUACACAGACUCAUUAGAAAAGGAGCUGGUCAAAAUGGCCAGUAACAUGAGAAGAUCCCGCACUGAGAUUCUCCACCUUUCAGUCAGGGUGCAGGAACAGGAGAACCAGAAGCGGCAGCUGUGCGAGGAACUGGAGCAGCUAAAGACAUCUCAAGACAGCAGAGAGGCCUCUUGCCAAACACCUGCACCAGAGGAGGAGCCUGACUUGGACUGGGAUGAAGAGUUUGCUCUACAGGACUUUUUGAAAAAUGAACUGGCAGAGAGGAAUUGCUGGGUGCAGGAUGGGAAAAGAGACUGCCGUUCUGUGGAACAGAGAGACAAAUUAACAGACAGAGUUGUAGAAGAGGAUGGGGAGGAGAGGUGGACGGUAGUGGAUACAGCUGGAGGAGGAGAAGUGAGAGAUGCAUCAACCCCUCUGUCUGCUGUCUCUGCAGAAAUUCAACCUGAGCUGAGCACAAUUGAAGGAAGUCAAGAUUUUGCCGCCUGCUCAGAAUCGGACCCUGAAGUUGUUUGUCAACCUUUGCAGAAGGUGGCAGCAGCACCACUGAGCGCCCACUCCCAAGCUGUCAGCAGAGGACACCCAGAAGCGAUUGCUCUCCCUGAUCUGUCCCACUCAGAAAACAGUAAAGAGACAAGUGAGGUUCCAGACUUCAAUUCCAGCCAUCCAGCUCAAGCUGAACAGGACCAUAACAUCAAGCCUGCUGACGCGCCCAAUGCAGAAGCAGAUAUGGCUUCUGCAAACAGUACGUCACCUGGACCAGAUAAGACAAUUGCCAACAGUGAGAGCAUCCUGCCGCCCGGUGACGACCACAGGCAAGAAGAGGAGAAAGAAGUCGAGGUAGAAACAAGCGUGGCAGACAUGAACCGGCAUAAGAGCUUUAGUGAUCAGUUGGCAGACAGAUCCGCAGCUGAGGACAGCACAAGUCUGUUACCUGUGCUGGUGGAGGAAGAAGAGACUGUUCAGGAUAGCACGGCUGACGGUCCAACACUGUCAACCAGUGUGCCAGGGAUGGAGCAGCCAACUAGCAAUGGGCCGAACACCUCUGAGAGCGCCUCUCCUCAGUCAGAAUUACCUGUUAUGCAAAACAGCCAAUCAAGAGGAGGAACGAGCAGCACAUCCCCUGGUCCCACCUGUCCACAAGAUCUGGCACACACCAUGGAUGCUGUUGAGAAGAACCAGGUUCAGGAUGAACCGAGUGAGAUCGGCCUCGCUACUAGGAGAGAAUCCAAUUCAUCUGUGAUCUCUGAUACCAACGAUGUCUUCAAAGAGGACAGGAGCAGCUCUUCACCUACUGACAAGGAGAUUGAGACAGAGUUCCAGCGCCUUGCACUGGGAUUCAAAUGUGACAUGUUCACGCUGGAGAAAAGGCUCCGGCUGGAGGAGAGGUCACGCGACCUUGCAGAAGAAAACGUUCGCAGAGAAGUGUCCAGCUGCCAAGGCUUGCUACAGGCUCUAAUUCCUUUGUGUGAAGAUGAAAGCCAAUCAAUGGAGAUCAUCCAGAGGCUUCAGAAAAACCUAGAUAUUCUCACCCAGUCGAUGACCAGGGUGUCCAGUCGCUCUGAAAUGCUUGGAGCUAUUCACCAAGAGAACCGUAUUGGUAAAGCUGUGGAGGUGAUGAUCCAGCAUGUGGAGAACCUGAGGAGGACGUACACAAAGGAGCAUGCAGAGCUUCUCGAGCUGAGAGAGGCGCUAAUGCAAAGUGAGAGGUCAUUUGGAUCCCAAACGGAAAAAGAUGAUUUCCGUGGCAAGAAGCAGUCAUCAAAAUACACGGAGAGAGCCAGGAGAGUCAGCACCACAGCUAUUCCCCGUGGCAUUGGUGGAAACAUGCUCUUUGAAAUGUCAAAAGCUGGUCAGGAUGGAGCUGAGACGGAUGCAGAGAGGUUGACCAGGAGAUCCCCGUGGAAUGUGGCAGGAAAGAGCAUGACACGGCCCCCGCUAAAACGUUUUGUUAGCUCUGCGGCCUGGAUUGACACUGAAGAUCCCCCUGACAUGACUAAGGGGCCAUCCUGCAGCAGCACAGACUGCCAUUCAGACGACGAGCCCAAGGAGGAGCUAUUGGAAGAAAGGAGGAGGUCCAGUCUCAGUGAGCUGGGCAGCAAACUCACCUCCCUAAUUCUGCCCGUUAAGACGAGUCAGGAGGAACUGUUUGUCAUGCUUCCAAGUCCUUCAUCCAGCCCCACAACUACAGAUCCAGGAAUAUCUCUGUCUUUGAGCCAAAGCCUGACCGGUUCCAAGGCAGCUGCUGCAUCAGCAGCCAAAGGAGGCAGAGGGCUGUGGCUGUGGUUGGCUAUAAUGGUUGUGCUAGCAGGUCUCCUUGCACUCCUGGCCAGUCUGGUGAUGCAGCCAGCAGUCGACGCGGCACCUGUGGGGACAGGAGACUCCUGGAUGACCAUCCAGCAGCUGCUGUGGCCUUAUGCAGGGCUUCGGCACAAUGGACAACCCCCCGUCUAGAUUGUGUACUGUGAGGCUGGUGGUUCUUAGAGCCCCUCACCCUCUGCAAAUUCUCUUUAUACUGCCGUGGUGAUGACAGAGACAGUACGCCACCCCUUAGCAGAAGCCAGUGGGAUGUUUACUGGUGCCUGAAUAUUCCUGAAUGAAGACUUGCAUUACCAGCACAGGCCAGGCCUCGGGGGACAGUUGACCCUAUAGAUGAUUUCUUGUAUCAGAUCACGUGUGCUGAAUUAGUCUGUUUCUGCACGUCUCUGUGUUUACAGGAAAGGCUGUGCUGACCACUGUUCUUGGCGCCGGGCAGCCUAACAACCUGAAAACAUAAAGAAUGUAGUACUGUUGGAUGCAUCCAACCAUGACAUAACACAAUCAGUUAAAUCAUGAUCAGUCAAAAAGAGCUGGCAAAGCUCUGACCAAUUAUGUCACACAAACGAAUGAUAGCACUGAUAAAUCUUGUGUUCAGCUUUGACAGCCCAACAAGAGUUUUUUCCAACACAUUUCAUUUGCUUAAAUUUAAGAAGACUACAAAUGUUUUAAUCUGUUUUUUAUUCAACAUUCUGUUUACAGAACAUAUCCACUGACUUAGCUAUAUGUUGCGUAUAAGCUAAAGUCACAAACACUGGUUAGAAAUUGUUUAUUUGUGUCUGAAAUAUAUUUAAGGUUGAGCGGGAAGAGAUGGAACGUUUUACUUUGAAGCUAGGCAAUACCAGUUAAGUCUUGGCUGGUAUUGAAAUUAAUGGUUUUAAGACAAACACUGUCUUUUUUUUCUUUGUCUUUUGGUUUGAAUGUCAACUUGUUUUGCUUUUCUACAGUUUGAACACCAACUUUUUUUUUUUUUUCUUUUAAGACUGAUUCUCUCUGUGGUUCCCACAGUUUUAAUACACUUUUGUAUGUUCCAAAGAGGAUGCAUGGAUCUUUGCACAAAUAAAGUAGCCUAUUCUCCAACAAAA